AUGAUCACUGUCUUCAUCGCCCAUCUUGACAUGUUAUGGCUCCAUGGCAUCCCUGGGUCAGGGAAAACUUCGCUGGUGGCUCUCGCUAUUCAGCGUGAACGAAAGCGCCUCACGGAUACAAAAGCUCAGCUGGCAUUCUUCUACUGCCAGCGGUCAAGUGCUGAGCCCCAGCGUUCCAAGCAACGGGAGUUACUUUGUUCACUCCUAAGGCAGCUUGCUUUCGACAAAAACGGUGGUUUGAAAGAACCCGUGAGAACCUUGUACGAAAAGAAGAAGAAAGACGCCGCGCUAGCCCAGCACGAAGUCCAGAUGUUCACAGACGAGGAAGUGAUUACACUGCUCGUCAAGCUUUUCAAGAUGCGGAACACAACAAUCAUGAUCGACGCACUCGAUGAGAUGGUCAGAGACGAAAGACCAACGUUAUACGAGGUUUUUGAUAAUAUCAGCGAACGGCUUCGAGAUAGCAAUUCUACCGACAACCGCCACGCCGUACUUCGCCUCUUAGUUUCAAGCCGCAACGAUAGAGAUAUCGUUCUAAAACUGAGCAGCUACCGGAAUGUUUGCAUCGGUGUGGAAAAAAAUCGCGAAGAUAUCAGAGAAUUUGUGAAGCGGGAGCUUAAGAAGAGUAUAAGGGGGUACCAAUUGCUUGUCGACACCCCCGAGGACCAACAACAAGCAAUCCUUGAGUCGAUAGAGAGAACGCUUGUUGCCAAAGCUCAAGGAAUGUUCCGAUGGGUUAGUCUCCAGAUACCGUGGAUCUGUCAAGCACGAGACUCAGAGUCCGUACAUCACCAGUUGGCUACGAUACCCGAAGAUUUAAAAGAAUCUUAUCAUCGGAUAUGUGACCUCAUGAAGAGUACGCUCCUUGAAAAGGAACUAGUACUUGCCGAAAAUGCAAUUAGAUUGAUAUUAGCUGCAAAACGUAACUUGGAAACAAAAGACUUCUUAGAAGCACUGCAGAUGGGCUCGGAGUGGAAGAGACCUGUUUCUGCGAAUACGCUCAUGGAGAUGUUUCAAAAUCUCGUCGAGUUAGACACAGAGAGCAAUGUCUUCAGGUUCGCGCAUUUGUCCGUCCGGGAAUAUUUUGAGGAAAAGGAAGGCUUCAAAACAAGAGAUGCUAACGCCUUUGUCUUGAAUUCAUGUAUAGAACGUUUGCAAAGGCUUAGCGGAGACCACCAAUCGGACAUCACAAUAUUCGGAGAAUAUGCCUUGGCGUACUGGCUUCAGCAUUGCGAAGCCAUUGGAUCUGAUGGUCCACCCGAGCCACUCAGAAGCAAGGUCAAAGAAGUUAUCCAUAGUAAAGGUAAACCAUCUCAAACCUUUGAGUUGUGGAUGAGUAUCUUGGAUGAGAAUCUGGAACAUUUAGGCCUUUCAGAGAUCCAAAAGCUCAGGAUCACACUUGUAUCAACUCCCAUCGCGUUACCCUCUUUUGUCGCUUCCGGGUUUGGGCUUGUAUGGCUCCUCAAGGAGGAAUUCUGCCACCAAGAGGUGGGAUGGUCAUCAGUAAACGAAUCAGGAGAUACAGCACUCCAUGUUGCAUCGACUUGUGGCCAGCUGGAAACCGUCAGAUAUCUCCUAGAUCAGGGAGCUAUCAUUAACGGCGAUCAAGCAUACGCUCUGCACAUGGCUGCUUACUAUGGUCAUGAUGAGGUUCUAUCGCUCUUGCUGGAAAGACACGCGGAUCCGGAUACCCAAAUCUACCGGGAGAACUGGGGGACUGGAAAAACUGCUCUUCACUACGCUUCGGCCCACAGUCGUUCAGAGCAAAUGACUAAUUGCUUGUUAAAUUAUGGUGCCAAUACGGAACUUGUUGAUGACGUUCUCGAGACACCGCUAUUCAAUGCCUUGAGAUGUAGUACAAAGACCCCUCGGAUUCUUAUAAGACGUGGCGCCAACAUCCAUGCGGUAUCACAGGCAGGCGCAACACCUUUACAUGUAGCUACUUGGGCCACAGCAACCGAUCCAGUGUUCCAGGAAAACGUGAUUCUGCUCUUGAAGAUGGGCGCAGAUAGGUUUGCGACAUGCAACACUGGAUUCACACCAGUCGGCUGGGCCAGUAUCAGUCCCAGUCUUACCAGGCUGUUCUUUGAAGAGGUACCGGACGAGGGUCCCAUGGAGCUGCAAACUGGAGUUUUCUCCAUCGUGCAAAUGGGUUCUGACUUCUCGCUUCAAUACAUUCUUGACCGCGUACACGAUGCAGACGUAAAUCUCGCUCAAAGCUGUGCAAAACGACCUUUGGACUUUGCGUUAGAGCGCAUGCAAAGUGGGCAUAUAUCAACUCUCUUGGGCCGUGGUGCCCGACCGGGCCUCUAUUGGGAUCUCAGUUCGCAAUGGAUACAGCGUUGGAGACACGAGAGGUUCUUCAGUCAGCUCUCAGAGGUACUCUCUGAGCCAGUGACACCGCUCUUCGUGUCACAGUUCAGUGUUGUUUCAGGCAGUCGUUUUGGUGAAGUUUGUGUCGAUGAGAACAGCCUCGAUCUCCCCUACUUCGAGCUUGCCAUUCCCAAAAACCUUGCAGCGAUAAAAGGAGUUGUUUUCCAUACGAUUUCGCACGAUCAAGUCAAUAGGAUGGAGUGA